AUGAGGACAGAAUUAAAGGACAGUGGCCAAUUCGACACAGCAGGAAUUCAAGAAAAGAGAACAUCGAUCAAUGAACGUUAUGAACGUGUUAGGAAUCUAGCAGCCCACAGACAACAGAGAUUAAACGAGGCCAACACUUGCAUCAGUUCUUCAGAGAUAUCGCUGACGAAGAAAGUUGGAUCAAGUCAGGAAAAGAAACUGUUGGUAAAUUCAGAAGAUUACGGACGUGAUUUAACUGGAGUCCAAAAUUUGAAGAAGAAACAUAAGCGUUUGGAAGCUGAAUUAGGUUCACACGAACCAGCCAUUCAAGCUGUACAGGAGGCUGGUGAAAAACUGAUGGACGUCUCCAACCUCGGUGUCCCAGAAAUUGAACAACGCCUCAAAGCCUUGAACCAAGCGUGGGCCGAGCUGAAGUCUUUGGCAGCCAACAGGGGACAGAAGUUGGGUGAGAGUUUGACAUAUCAGCAAUUCUUGGCCCAGGUUGAAGAGGAAGAGGCUUGGAUCAGUGAGAAGCAACAGCUGUUGGGAGUCGAGGAUUAUGGUGACAGCAUGGCAGCCGUGCAAGGGCUCUUGAAGAAGCAUGAUGCUUUCGAAAGCGACUUUGCAGCACAUAGAGACAGGUGCAAAGAUAUUUGUGAUACCGGUGCCAAUUUGGUAGAUGACAAAAAUCAUCACGGUGAUAGCAUUGCUCAACGUUGCCAGCAGUUACAGGGAAAACUGGAUGGCCUUUCAAAUCUGGCCAAACGUCGCAAGGGAUUGCUAUUAGACAACUCGGCCUAUUUGCAAUUCAUGUGGAAGGCUGAUGUCGUCGAAAGUUGGAUUGCUGAUAAAGAGACUCAUGUCAAGAGUGAAGAAUUUGGACGGGACUUGUCUACUGUUCAGACUCUUCUUACUAAACAGGAGACCUUUGAUGCCGGUCUUUUGGCUUUCGAACAAGAAGGUAUACAAAACAUUACCGCAUUGAAGGAUCAACUAAUUUCGGCCAAACACGAUCAAUCUCAAGCUAUUCUUAACAGACACAAGGAUGUUUUAGCCAGAUGGCAGCGUCUCCUGGGAGACUCCCGUGCUCGCAAGACCCGUUUGCUGGACAUGCAAGAACAGUUCAGACAGAUCGAGGAAUUAUAUUUGACAUUCGCAAAGAAGGCAUCAGCUUUCAAUUCCUGGUUCGAGAAUGCCGAAGAAGAUCUCACAGAUCCUGUCAGGUGCAACUCGAUUGAGGAAAUCCGUGCCCUGAGGGAGGCUCAUGCACAGUUCCAGGCUUCUUUGUCGUCUGCACAGGCUGAUUUUGAAGCCCUGGCUGCCCUCGAUCGCCAAAUCAGACGUUCAAUGUUGGCCCGAAUCCUAACACUGGUUCACCAUGGAGGCCUCGAAGACACCUGGAGGAACUUGCAGAAGAUAAUUGCUGAACGUGAUACUGAACUUGCUAAAGAAGCUCAACGACAAGACGAAAAUGAUAAAUUGAGGAAAGAGUUUGCAAGGCACGCCAAUGCUUUCCAUCAAUGGUACAGAAUAUUAGGUCUUUUGGCUUUCGAACAAGAAGGUAUACAAAACAUUACCGCAUUGAAGGAUCAACUAAUUUCGGCCAAACACGAUCAAUCUCAAGCUAUUCUCAACAGACAUAAGGAUGUUUUAGCCAGGUAA